UCCAGAUAUCCACGUUUCACGAUGUACACGACCAUUCUCAUCCUUCCGCUCGCAUUGGCGGUUGGCACGGUAUUCAGCGCCGCCAUCCCCCAGGCUGCUGUCCCGCCCGUUUGCGGUACAAUCAAAGUUUCGGGUUUUGCGCCCGGAGACGACAUCCAACACGCAGGCUGCAUCUUCUUCGGUGAACCGUGCCGCAGAUCUGUCUCUUCUGGCGUCGACGAGAUCCCCCGCGAGGUUGGAACUACAGUACAACAUGCUCUGAAGCUCUAUGGCGGCAGCGUAUGCUAUGACAUUCCGGGUAACACGCAGUCAUACAAUCUCACUGACUCCUCCUGCAACUGCGAAUUCUUUCGCUUUGAGAACUGUAACGGUCGGAUUCUUGAUUUGUCCGAAGUUCAUGGCAUUGCAUCGCCGGUACCACUUGAGGGAGCAAAAAGCUAUCUUUGCCAGAAGUCAUAG